CAUCACAUCGCCCCUCCCUACCCUAACGCCCGGAUCAACUUCCCAGCGGGCCCGCGACCUCCUCCCGAUCCCUUCGAGGGACCAGGAAGGGAAAUGUGAAGCUCCACUCGAUAUCCCUCCGCCGGGGUCACCCCCGCCCCUCGGUGGUAGCAGGAACUAAUUCCCUCUCGGGUCACCGGAGGCCCGAGGUGGAAAGUCCACCGGUCAGAGUGCCUUGAAGACCCUUGGGGGGGGGGGGGGGAAAGAAAGAAAAAAAGGAACAUCACCUCAAGUUACAAGCGCCCCCCCCUUGCCAGCUCAGAAGAAGACUUCGAUUGAAAGUAGGGCUUUUGGCCUCAUGACCCCAACCAAACCCCGCCUCUUCCUGGUUGUCCUAGCGACGACGGUAGCGUCCCAAAAUGGCGUCGUGGCUGCCGGAGACCCUGUUCGAAAUUUUAGGACAAGGCCCAGCGCCGAGCAAAGACUACUACCAGUUGUUGAUCACCCGAUCCCAGGUCAUCUUUAGAUGGUGGAAGAUUUCUCUAAGGAGUGGGUAUCAAUCAUCAACAAAACCUGGAGAAGUAAAAGAAUCUUAUGAAGACUUCCUAGAGAAUUCACAUCUUCAGAUUCAAAUUGCCUUGGUAUUUGGUGCAAGAAUAUUGGACUAUGUCUUCAAUUUGUGUGAAGGUAGAAUUGACUUCCUUGAGCGGCUCUCAGACAAUUUGCUCAUGAUUAUCAUUUCUUAUCUGGACAUUGAUGAUAUUGCCAGCCUUUCUUUUACAUCACACAGAUUUUCAAAGCUAUGUAUGUCUGACAGACUGUGGGAGCCGAUAGUUGAGGCUGCCAAUGAAAUCACCCCUGCCAUGAAGGCUCUGGCCCAGGACCAUAGUUGGAGACAGACAUUCUUCACCAAAAAGUUGCAGCUCCGCAAGAAGAAGCGAAUUUCAGAAAACCGGGAGGAAUUGCUGGUUCCAGAAGUCAUCUGAAAAACACAAAGUACAUACUCACAGAUGCAGCAACCCAACUCUGCAGGGCCUUGCCUGAACCACAGUCCUUCCGGUGAAGGUGAAGGUCAAAUCAAGGCUGCACAAGAGCUGCAAGACAGGAAGCCCACCAGCGAUAUCUUCCCUAUCCCUAACACCGGAGGUUUCCUGAUGCCUUAGCUACCACACACCCAAUAAAUGGCUACCAGUGGAUUCUU